AUGCCUGAAGACUGGAUGCCUCUCAUUCUUUCCACCUGGAUUAAGCUGUAUACAAAGCAUGGUACUCUGAAAUACCAGACAGAUUGUGCUCCAAACAAUGGGUAUUUCAUGAUUCCCCUCUAUGAUAAGGGGGAUUUCAUUCUUAAAAUUGAGCCUCCCCUAGGGUGGAGUUUCGAACCAACCAGUGUAGACAUCCAUGUGGAUGGCAUUAAUGACAUUUGCACAAAGGGAGGUGACAUUAACUUUGUGUUCACAGGGUUUUCUGUGAAUGGAAAGGUUCUCAGCAAAGGUCAGAUGUUAGGUCCUGCUGGAGUCCAGGUUGCACUGAGAAAUGCUGGUAGUGACAUCAACAUACAAUCAACUAUUACACAACCUGGAGGAAAGUUUGCUUUCUUUAAAGUGCUUCCUGGCGAAUAUGAAAUCUUUGCAUCUCAUCCUACCUGGAUGUUGAAAGAGUCAAACACAGUGGUGCGAGUGACCAGUUCUAAUGCUUAUGCUGCUAGCCCUCUGAUUGUUGCUGGCUACAAUGUUUCUGGGUCAGUAAGGAGUGAUGGAGAGCCCAUGAAAGGGGUCAUGUUUCUCCUCUUCUCUUCAUCUGUCUCUAAAGAGGAUGUUGUGGGCUGCAAUAUUUCUCCUGUGGAUGGAUUCCAAUCAAGAGAUGAAUCUCUAUCCUAUUUGUGCAAUGUUGUAUCAAAAGAAGAUGGAUCUUUCAGCUUUCUUUCUCUGCCAAGUGGGAAAUACACUGUGAUACCGUUCUACAGAGGAGAGAGAAUUACUUUUGAUGUUGCUCCAUCUAGAUUGGACUUCUUUGUAGAACAUGACAGUUUACAAAUUGAGCCUAUUUUCCAUGUGAUGGGUUUCUCUGUCACAGGGAGAGUGCUGAAUGGUCCUGGAGGAGAAGGAGUUGCUGAUGCCACCGUGACUCUGAACAAUCAGAUUAAAGUAAAAACAAAAGCUGAUGGCUCUUUCCGGCUUGAGAACAUAACAACAGGCACGUACACAAUUCAAGCCAGGAAGGAGCAUCUCUUCUUUGAUACUAUUACAGUGAAGAUUGCACCAAAUACACCUCAGCUAGCAAAUAUCAUUGCAACAGGGUUCAGUGUGUGUGGCCAAAUAUCAGUAACUCGUUUCCCUGACACAGUCAAGCAGAUUAGUAAAUACAAGGUAACCAUGAUGCCUCAAGACAAAGACAAAGCAUCACUGGUUACAACAGAAACUGACCCUCGUGGAGCAUUUUGUUUUAAGGCAAAACCAGGUCUAUACAAUGUGCAGGUAAUCAUUCCAGAGGCUGAGACCAGGGCAGGGCUGGCUUUGAAACCCAAACUGUUCCCUGUUACUGUUACAGACAAACCAGUAAUGGAUGUGACCUUCUCUCAGUUUUUGGCAUCCGUCUCUGGGAAGAUCUCUUGUUUAGAUGCUUGUGGUGAUCUGAUGGUGACAUUACAGUCUGUGAGCCGCCAGGGUGAAAAACGCAACCUGCAGCUCUCUGGAAACAUGGACUCAGUGGCCUUCACGUUUGAAAAUGUGCUACCUGGCAAAUACAAAGUAAGCAUUGUACAUGAAGACUGGUGCUGGAAGAAUAAGUCUUUGGAAUUGGAAGUCAUGGAGGAAGAUGUUUCAGGAGUAGAAUUCAGGCAGACUGGAUAUAUGCUGAGGUGUUCUCUUUCUCAUGCAAUUACACUGGAAUUUUAUCAGGAUGGAAAUGGACCAGAGAACGUUGGUGUUUAUAACUUGUCCAAAGGAGUUAAUAGAUUCUGUCUUUCAAAGCCAGGUGUAUAUAAAGUGACCCCACGUUCCUGCCACCAGUUUGAACAUGAAUAUUACACUUACGACACGUCCUCUCCCAGUAUCCUGACACUCACUGCAGUUCGGCACCACGUCCUUGGCAUGAUUGUAACAGAUAAACUAAUGGAUGUGACUAUUACCAUUAAGUCAUCUAUUGACAGUGAACCUGCCUUAGUUUUAGGGCCCCUGAAAUCUGUACAGGAGGUACGUAGGGAGCAGCAGCUGGCAGAAAUUGAGACCCGACGACAGGAGAGAGAAAAGAAGGGUCAAGAGGAGGAAGGAACAAAGCCACCAGUACAAGAAAUGGUGGAGGAACUCCAAGGGCCAUUCUUAUAUGAAUUUUCAUACUGGGCAAGGUCUGGAGAGAAAAUUACUGUGACACCAUCAUCCAGAGAGCUACUCUUCUACCCACCUUAUGUGGAAACAGUUGUUAGUGGAGAGAGUUGUCCUGGAAAGCUGAUAGACAUUCAUGGAAAAGCAGGCUUAUUUCUGGAAGGGCAAGUUCAUCCUGCAUUGGAAGGUGUUGAGAUUGUCAUUGGUGAAAAGGGAGCAACUUCCCCACUUGUCACAGUUUUCACUGAUGACAAAGGUGCUUACAGUGUUGGGCCACUCCACAGUGACUUGGAAUAUACAGUUACUGCUCAGAAAGAAGGCUUUGUUUUGACUGCAGUAAAAGGAACAGCUGGGGACUUCAAAGCUUUUGCUCUUGCUGGGGUGACAUUUGAGAUCAAAUCUGAGGAUGACCAGGCUCUUGCUGGAGUUCUCUUGUCUCUCAGUGGAGGGGUGUUCCGGUCCAACCUCCUUACACAGGAUAAUGGCAUGUUGACUUUUUCCAAUCUGAGCCCAGGACAGUAUUAUUUUAAACCCAUGAUGAAAGAGUUUCGCUUUGAACCAUCAUCACAAAUGAUUGAAGUGCAGGAGGGUCAGAACCUUAAAAUUCGGAUAACUGGUUACAGAACAGCUUACAGUUGUUAUGGCACAGUUUCAUCUUUAAAUGGAGAGCCUGAGCAGGGAGUCUCUGUGGAAGCUGUGGGACAGAUGGAUUGUAGCAUCUAUGGAGAAGACACAGUAACUGAUGAAGAGGGCAAAUUCAGGCUACGUGGCCUCCUGCCUGGUUGUGUGUAUCACGUCCAACUCAAAGCUGAAGGCAAUGAUCAUAUUGAAAGAGCUUUACCACAGCAUCGGGUAAUUGAGGUUGGGAACAGUGAUAUUGAUGACGUUAAUAUUAUAGCAUUCCGGCAAAUUAAUCAAUUUGAUUUAAGUGGAAAUGUAAUUACAUCUUCUGAAUAUCUCUCCACAUUAUGUGUGAAGCUUUACAAAAGUGAAAAUCUUGACAACCCAAUUCAUACAGUCAACUUAGGGCUAUCCCUGUUUUUCCAUUUCCCACCGCUGCUCCGAGAUGGUGAGAAUUACGUGGUGCUCCUGGAUUCUACGUUGUCUAAAUCACAGUAUGACUACACCCUGCCUCAAGUUUCAUUCACUGCUAUUGGAUAUCAUAAACAUAUCACACUGGUCUUUAGUCCCACUAGAAAACUGCCUGAACAAGAUAUCGCCCAAGGAUCUUACAUUGCAUUACCACUGACACUGCUUCUGUUGUUGGCUGGUUACAACCACGAUAAGCUUAUUCCCUUACUGCUACAGCUGACAACGCGACUGCAAGGAGUACGUGCUCUUGGACAGACAGCCUCUGACACGGGUGGCUCAGAGGAUGCAAAGAGACAAACAAAAAAACAGAAGACAAGACGGACGUGAGAUGCAAUCGGUGAUUCAGAAGUGGUGCUCUGUCCAACUGGAGCCUGAGGAAGUGAAGCCACUAAAAUGCAUUUUUGUUGAAAAUGUGGACUUAACAUUUUCGUUGUUGCUAUGUGAGUUGCUGUUUGUUAUACUAGCUCCAUUUUGGUUGUAAAUUUUCCAUGGACUCUGUUGAAAAGUAAUGAAAUAAAUGUCUCUGUUGUUACUGUGAAUGCAUCUCUCAUACUUGAAGACAAUUC